AUGCUAAAAAUUCUCAUCCCCACCUUUAUAUUAAUUCCCACAACAUGGCUAACGCCUGCAAAGUGACUUUGACCUACCACCCUGGCCCAAAGUUUUAUUAUUGCCUUAGCCAGCCUUACUUGACUAAAGAACCUCUCCGAAACAGGCUGAUCUUGUCUCAGCACUUACCUGGCUACAGAUGCACUCUCAACCCCCCUCCUGGUCCUUACCUGCUGACUUCUCCCCCUUAUAAUCCUCGCAAGCCAGAAACACACAGCCCUUGAACCAGUAAACCGACAACGAAUGUACAUUACACUCCUGACCUCCCUCCAAUUCUUCCUCAUCCUAGCUUUUGGCGCAACAGAACUGAUUAUGUUCUAUGUUAUGUUUGAAGCCACCCUAAUCCCAACACUAAUCAUUAUCACCCGCUGAGGUAACCAAACAGAACGACUUAACGCCGGCACUUAUUUCCUGUUUUAUACCCUAGCAGGCUCCCUCCCCUUGCUUGUCGCUCUCCUCCUCCUCCAAAACAACACCGGCACUCUAUCGCUUCUAACCCUGCAGUACUCAAACCCCCUACCCCUAGUGAGCUACGCAGAUAAACUCUGGUGAGCAGGGUGCCUUCUGGCCUUCCUAGUGAAAAUGCCCCUCUACGGCGUACACCUUUGGCUCCCUAAAGCACACGUAGAAGCCCCCAUUGCAGGAUCAAUAGUCCUCGCUGCUGUCCUCCUUAAGCUAGGGGGAUAUGGGAUGAUGCGAAUAAUAAUUAUGCUGGAGCCCCUAACUGAAAAACUUAGCUACCCCUUCAUUAUCUUCGCACUCUGAGGCGUUAUUAUAACGGGCUCAAUUUGUUUACGUCAGACAGACUUAAAAUCCCUGAUUGCUUACUCAUCAGUUAGCCACAUGGGCCUAGUCGCAGGAGGAAUUCUAAUCCAAACACCAUGAGGCUUUACCGGAGCACUCAUCCUUAUGAUUGCCCACGGCUUGACAUCCUCAGCCCUUUUCUGCCUGGCAAACACCAACUAUGAGCGAACACACAGCCGGACAAUAAUCCUAGCACGGGGCCUACAAAUAGUCCUCCCGUUAAUAGCAACCUGAUGAUUUAUUGCCAGCCUCGCCAACUUGGCCCUCCCACCCCUACCAAACCUGAUAGGAGAACUAAUAAUUAUUACCUCCCUAUUUAGCUGAUCAUGAUGAACUUUAGCACUCACAGGAGCAGGCACCCUAAUCACAGCAGCUUACUCAUUAUACAUGUUCCUAAUAACACAACGAGGCCCCCUCCCCCCACAUCUCAUUGCCCUUGAGCCAACCCACUCUCGAGAACACCUACUUAUUCUCCUCCACCUCCUUCCGUUGAUGCUACUCACCCUUAAGCCAGAGCUAAUCUGGGGCUGGACUGCUU